UUUCUAGACAAGAUGGCCUUGCGCAGUUCUGGCAAGCUGAGCAUGGAGAGCAGAAAAGAUGGUGAGAGCACGGCCCCUGCUCCUCCCCAGAAGAAGCUGUCCUGCCAGUGCCACCACCACUGCCCUGAGGACUCGGUCAACAAUACCUGCAGCACUGAUGGCUACUGCUUCACCAUAAUAGAAGAGGAUGAGUCCGGUGGACAUUUGGUCACCAAGGGAUGUCUUGGAUUAGAGGGCUCAGACUUCCAGUGUCGGGACACUCCUAUUCCACACCAAAGAAGAUCUAUUGAAUGUUGCACAGGCCAAGAUUACUGUAACAGACACCUUCACCCUACACUGCCACCACUGAAGAAUCGAGACUUUGCUGAAGGAAACAUUCACCACAAGGCCCUGCUGAUCUCAGUGACUGUUUGCAGCAUCCUUCUGGUGCUUAUCAUCAUAUUCUGCUACUUCAGAUACAAGCGCCAGGAGACGAGGCCCCACUACAGCAUCGGGCUGGAGCAGGAUGAGACCUACAUUCCCCCCGGAGAGUCCCUGAAGGAUUUGAUCGAGCAGUCCCAGAGCUCAGGGAGCGGAUCCGGGCUCCCUCUCCUGGUUCAAAGGACCAUUGCAAAACAGAUUCAAAUGGUGAAGCAGAUUGGAAAAGGUCGCUAUGGAGAAGUCUGGAUGGGAAAGUGGCGUGGCGAAAAGGUAGCAGUGAAAGUGUUCUUUACUACAGAGGAGGCCAGCUGGUUCAGAGAAACAGAAAUCUACCAGACUGUCCUGAUGAGGCAUGAAAAUAUUCUUGGAUUCAUUGCUGCAGAUAUUAAAGGUACAGGAUCUUGGACCCAGCUGUAUCUUAUCACUGACUACCACGAGAAUGGCUCACUUUAUGAUUACCUAAAAUCUACUACCUUGGACACAAAAGCCAUGCUGAAACUGGCUUACUCCUCUGUCAGUGGCUUGUGCCACCUGCACACUGAGAUCUUCAGUACUCAGGGCAAGCCUGCUAUUGCCCACCGUGACCUAAAGAGUAAGAAUAUCCUGGUGAAAAAGAAUGGCACCUGCUGUAUAGCAGAUUUGGGCUUGGCUGUUAAAUUUAUCAGUGACACAAAUGAGGUAGACAUCCCUCCAAAUACCCGUGUAGGAACAAAACGUUAUAUGCCUCCUGAGGUGCUGGAUGAAAGCUUGAAUAGAAAUCACUUUCAGUCCUACAUCAUGGCUGAUAUGUACAGUUUUGGACUCAUCCUUUGGGAGAUAGCAAGGAGAUGUGUCUCAGGAGGAAUAGUUGAGGAAUACCAGCUUCCAUACCACGACCUGGUGCCCAGCGACCCCUCGUACGAGGACAUGCGGGAGAUCGUGUGCAUCAAGAGACUGCGCCCCUCGUUCCCCAACAGAUGGAGCAGUGAUGAGUGCCUGCGGCAGAUGGGGAAGCUGAUGAUGGAGUGCUGGGCUCACAGCCCUGCUUCCCGCCUCACGGCCCUGCGCGUCAAGAAAACACUUGCCAAAAUGUCAGAGUCCCAGGACAUUAAACUCUGA